GCAUGGGCCAUGGGGCGAGGGAGACGGUGCUGGGCACCUUGGGGAAGGCGACGAUACUGCGGAUCCCCCCCGAACUCCAGAACCUCACCCUGCACUUCGGAUCAGCCACCUGGAAGCGGGACACAGAGGACCCGCAGAGGAAGCUCAUCCUGCUCACGUACACAAAUGGCAACUACACCAACUACAUGCAGGGACGAACCCGCUUCCACACGUUGGACUUCUCCCUGGAGAUCCUGAAUACCAGCCGGCAGGAUGGGCGGCUCUACGAGUACAUCGUCAGCAAGGGGUCGGAGGAGGAGGUCUGGCAGACACAGCUGGAGGUGUAUGAGGCAGUCUCCGAUCCCAGCAUCCAGGUCCUUGACCGGGUGCUGACCAACACCAGCUGCACUGUAACCCUCAACUGCACGGCAGAGCACGGGGACAAUGUCUCCUACAGCUGGGACAGCUGGGACAGCAGCACCUCAGGGCUCUGCUCCCACAAUGGCAGCUUCCUGCACCUCUUCUACACCCUGCAGAAGGCGAGCGUCACCUGUGCCUGCACAGCCAGCAACCCCAUCAGCAGCCGGGUCGCCACCUUCCACUCCUCCGAGUGCAGCUACGAGCGAGCGGGCAGCGCUGGGCUGAGGAUGCAGUAUCUCGUGCUGCUGCUGGUGGUGCCCAUUGUUGCAGUGAUGAUGCUCAUCAGGGUCUUCAAGACCACCCAUUUGGCCAAGCCCACUGCCGCGCAGGAGCACUCGCCCUCGCCGCAUGCUGAGGAGAGCAACGUGCACACCAUCUACUCCCAAGUGCAGCGGGUGGAGAAGCAGAAAGGGGCCCCUGCCGCCAAGCACCCCUCCUGCACCACCAUCUAUACUGCAGCCACCGGCCUGCCCCCGGACAUGGCCCUGGCCCCUGGCAGAGCCCCUCGUCCCCCACACAGCCCCCUGACAGAGCCACCUACCCUGCAGGGCCACCCACUCCUCUCACAGAGCCCCAACAAGGAGCCCACAACAGUUUAUGCCAGCGUGAUGAUGCCUAUGGCCUGA